CUGGUGGAGGCAAUGGUUAGUUCGGAAAGAUCCAUUUACAAGACAGGAGACACAUUGCUGGUGAAGAGUGUGAGUCUCCCAAAACCUGCAGGAGUGACUGAUGAUGUGUAUGUUGAUGAGGUGGCCUUCCUCACCACCCCAACUUCUGUGACACAGAUGUACCCACCCGCCCUCAAGCAGAAGGGAAUCCUUAUUGAGGAUGUGGCAGUCAAGAAGGUGACAGAGAAUGGGUACUCCCUGGAAUUCCAGACCACAAACUGCAAGACUGGAAUGCCCCUCCUUGGGCUCCUGCAGGUGGAAGGUCCUCCAGCAAGUUUUGUCACUCAGGUGACAGUCACACGCUCCUCUCAGACUGCCACGGGUCCCCUCGCUGGCACCUGGGACCUCGGAAUUCAGGGGCAGGUUGUAAAAGACAUUCCAGCAGGUGUUGACCCAAAGGUCCUGGAGGGCAUUCUGGAAAGUGCCCUGGGAACUGAUCUCACAGUCCAGUACUGCUGCAAGAACUACCACUACUACAUUGAGUGGGAGGAAAAUCCCGGCAGAAAGGAGCUGGUGGAGAUACAUACAGAUAACCUGAUGUUUGAUGGAACUCUAAAAACCAAGAUCAUUCGUGACUCAGCCGGAGUCCUUUGGCACAGCCCUCUUGAGACAGACUUUGUGACCACUCAUAGGGACUCUCCUCAUGUGACAGUACAAGUGAAUGGUUACUUUGGUGCAUGUCUUGGUGCCUGUGCCUUCACCUACGAUGAUGCCACCACUCCCAUGCUGACUGGCGUCUCCGGCACUGCAGGCGAGGGGCUGCAUCACACCCUCACCCUGAGUGGCACGGCCAUCACUGCCACCCAGCUCACCUGCACUGUAGCACUGUGGGGCGGCUUGCAUUCAGUGGCACUCAGCAUGCAGCCGGCUGGCUCGGCACUGCUCCCCUCCCCCAUCAUCUACAUGGUGCCAGUCACCGUGGUUGCACUCAGCAUCACGGAGGGCAGCACUGGUGGACAGUAUCCUCUCACUGUGACUGGCACUGGCUUCCCAGACAGUGAUGGGUGGGAGGCUGGCAGUGCCAUUAUGACUCUGGGUGGCAAGAAGUGUGUGGUUAUCUCUGGUGGACCCACAAAGGUCACCUGCACAGUGCCUGCUGGUGAUGUGAACUUCCUGUUGACCCUCAAAUCAAUGAUGACCAUCUGCUGCCAUCAGCAAGCAUUACGGGUGCAAGCUCUGCUUCAAAUAACAGGAAGUCUUCUUCUAGUAGUGACUCGUCCUCUAGUAGUGACUCGUCUUCUAGCAGUGAAUCAUCUUCUAGCAGUGACUCAGAAACUGAAGAUAUUGACACAGAUGAUUCCGUGAAAGAUAAGGACUAUAUCCCAAGCAAAGAGGAAGAAGAGAGUUUUAACCUUGAAGAGAAGGACGCAGUUGAUAAAAUUCCUGUACUAGUUAGUCCGCAAAAGGGACGUAAACGUAAACAGCACCUGAGUCAAUGGAAGAAACAUAAAGCGAAAAAAUGAAGGAA